AUGAGAUCCUUACAAUCUCAUGCACGUCAGAAUCACGUCAUAUUUGCCUUUACCUACUCUCGUAAGAAACUCUUUACGUCGAAUCUCAUGUCAAUUCACCCAUGUCAGUACUCAUGUCGAUUUAGGACCCAUUCAAAACUCACGAAUGCAGACCCCAUCCCAUCAGAAUUCACAAAUCCAGACCCCGUCCCAUCAGAACUCACGAAUUCAGAUCCCGUCCCAUCAGAACUCACGAAUGCAGAUCCCGUCCCAUCAGAACUCACGAAUUCAGAUCCCGUCCCAUCAGAACUCACGAAUGCAGAUCCCGUCCCGUCAGAACUCACGAAUUCAGACCCCGUCCCAUCAGAACUCACGAAUUCAGACCCCGUCCCAUCAAAACUCACGAAUGCAGAUCCCGUCCCAUCAGAACUCACGAAUUCAGACCCCGUCCCAUCAGAACUCACGAAUGCAGACCCCGUCCCAUCAGAACUCAUGAAUUCAGACCCCGUCCCAUUAGAACUCACGAAUUCAGACCCCGUCCCAUCAGAACUCACAUCAGAACUCGCGAAUUCAGACCCCGUCCCUUCAGAACUCACGAAUCCAGACCCCGUCCCAUCAGAACUCACGAAUGCAGACCCCGUCCCAUCAGAACUCACGAAUGCAGACCCCGUCCCAUCAGAACUCACGAAUGCAGACCCCGUCCCAUCAGAACUCACGAAUCCAGACCCCGUCCCAUCAGAACUCACGAAUGCAGACCCCGUCCCAUCAGAACUCACGAAUGCAGACCCCGUCCCAUCAGAACUCACGAAUCAGACCCCGUCCCAUCAGAACUCACGAAUGCAGACCCCGUCCCAUCAAAACUCACGAAUGCAGACCCCGUCCCAUCAGAACUCACGAAUGCAGACCCCGUCCCAUCAGAACUCACGAAUUCAGACUCCGUCCCAUCAGAACUCACGAAUUCAGAACCCGUCCCAUCAGAACUCACGAAUGUAA